UUCAAAUUUUACAAGACAGAUCACCCAAAAUAAUGUAAGGACCAACCGCAUCCGGUAUACGCAGUGGUCGUGCACGUGCCGCCGGGUAACUGCCGCGCUCACUGAAUUUUUCACUUUAACACAACCUCAACCAUACGAUUAAGCACUAGUCGCAAUCUCACCUAUCUCUCCACCCCCAAUGUCCGCCCCUGCUAACUUUGGCAGAUUGUACAAGAAUUCGAGAUUGGCCCAAGUGGUCAAAACUCUCGACAACCCGCGCGCCAAGAUCGACAAGUCUGUGCCGACCCGCCAGAUCCUCUUUGCCAGCUCCGAGUCCUACAAGAACAGAAACUACGGCUUGAAAUCGCGCUUGCCGGAGAACUGCCAGUCCAAGCACAUCACCGUGGAUGCCAUCGAAACCUAUGAGCGCAUGGUGCCAUACGAGGCUGCGCCUGGCUUCUACUACAAGCUUUUGCGCUUCCAGGAGUUCAACACUGCGCUUGUGACCCCGAACAAAAAGCAAAACCCGCUUUUUGGCGGCAAAACCUUCGAUCCGGCCUCUGAAAAGCAGCAGGUCUCUGACCUCCUCCAGAUCAGCAAGCCAGACCUCCCUGUGCGCAGAGCCGACAAACUUGCACAGGCUGUCAAGUACAACGCCGGCAACAAGGUUGGCUCCGGUGCCAAGGAAUUCCGCCAGGAAUACUUCCAGGCAUUGUUGGCGCACGAUCCGGCUGCCAUUGUGCACAACAAGCACAACAACGCAAACGUGAUGCAGGACACUAUCGGUGCGAUGCUCCAUGCGAAGCGCGCAGCGGGCGAAAACGUGGGCAAGUACGCAUCGCGCGCGGCCGCGCCCCAGGCCAAGAACGACUUCAAGCGCUACGCGCGCGACCCGAAUGACAUCUCCAAGUUCAAGGUUGCCGGGACCGCCGGGUUGUCGUACACGCUCAAGGGCAGAUUGAGAAACACGCCAAACGGGAUCGAAACCGCAGUCGUCAAGCCGGGCAGAUUGCUCAAGCGCAAUGCACGCGACAUGAUGGGCGGUGGCCGUACGACCGCCGCGUUGGGUGGCUUCAUCGUCGACGUUGGUCAGUCCAGCGUCAGUUUGCAAAACCAGGCCGCAAGCAACAUUCCAGGCAUGCACAAGCACGAGGUUGCCGUACCGUUGAGAGUCGAGAGCGCAUUCUUGCAGAGCGACGGGUCCGUGAAAAUCCACACCGAGGGUGUGUCUAAGGCUGGUAGCGCUGGUGCGGGGAGAUUCAGAAACAAGUUUGAAGAGAUUUUGCUCAGAAGCAAGCCGAACAAGUCGGCUUCCAACAGAGUGAAGCAAAUCUUGAAGAUGUAAACGGCAGGAGGCUCAAGCGUCAUCAUCGACCGGCAAACCGUCGGCUGUUCAUGUAAAUAUUACGAUUCAUUUUGAGCGAGCUUAAU